AUGUCUGGACCGCUCAACCCCACAGCCGCACCGUUCGUCCCCGCCACGCCGUCGCCGCCCUCGCUCGACACCCUCACCGUCGCCGAGGAUCCGCCCGUCGCUCCCUGGCACCGUCUCCCUGUCGAGCUCAAGCGCAAGAUCGUCGACGAGGUCCUCAAGCAGUACGAGCCGGACCAAGUCGAGCCUGACGCAGUCGACAAGGCCGACAAGGCCGUCGGCUUCUUCGCGCGACGGAGGGCGCUGUGGGCCGCGGCCGACGACGCCGCCAACGAGAAGCGCAGGGAGCUCGAGCGCCUGCAGGCUGUCUCGCGCGACUUUCGCUCAAUCUGCGAGCCUCUGCUCUGGCAGCGCAUCAUGAUCGAGGACCUUUGCCCUGCUCGACUCGACAACCUGCUCGACGUCAUCCCGCCGCACGCGUCGCUCGUGCGCUGCAUCGACCUCACCUUCUUCAACGACGAGUACGGCGACCACAAGCGGAGCGACCUCAAUGUGCGCUCCGAGGUGCGACGUCGAGUGCGCGAGCUGCUCGGGCACUGCGUCGGCCUCCAGGAGCUCAUCCUCGACGAGAUGGUUCUCGAGCUGUCGGCGGUCGUGGCGUCCGGCCUGCGCAUCGUCGACCUGCGCACCGGCGGGCUCCUCGUUGCCGACCUCGACGGUGUCCUUGCAGCCCUGAGCAAGCAGGCGUCGCUCGAAUCUCUCGGGCUUCGCGUCGACGAGGGGUCCGACGAGUUGCGCGUCGCGCUCGUCGGGGACAUCGUGUCGCGCCUGUCGUCGCUCAAGCAUCUCCAGAUCGUUGGGGACGACAUCUUUGACGAGCGCUGCCUCGAACUCGCACCCGGCGCCGUCGUCACGGCGCGCCUCGAGUCGCUCGAGCUUUACGGCCUGUGCGCAAGGUUCGACUUUGCCGCCCUGCAGGCCUUCGUCGCCCUGUUCUCGACGAGCCUCGUCGACCUGCGCCUCGAGCUGCAAAGCGGCCUCGCCGAGCAGUGGUCGGUCCCCUCCUCGACGCCCGACUUCCGCCUUCCGCACCUCACCUCCCUUGCCCUCGGCUCUGAUUUCGACUCGGCCUUCUUCCUCCGUCUCGACCUACCCUCCCUCUCCUUCUUCCGCCUCGAACUCUUCCCCUCGCUGGGCGAGAACAUCGCCGACCUCGUCGCGUUCCUGCGCACGCACGCUCGGACCCUCAAGCACGUCCACCUCGCCCACAACUCGAUCGCGCCCGAGGUGUCGAACGGCGAACUCGACAGCAUCGGGCUGUUCGAGGCCGACAUCGAGGAGGUCAAGCGCGUCUGCCUCGACAUCGAGUGCGAGUUUUCGAUCGGCGAUGCGGACGACGACGGCGAGGACGACGACGGCGAGGACGACGACCGCGAGGACGACAGCGACUCGUACGAUAGCGAGUACGAGCAGGCGCAGCGCGAGGCGAUGGAGAUGGUUGAGAGCGACGAGGAGACGGUGUGGUUCCGGUACCGGUUCGAGCUUUACGAGUCGGAGGACUCGUUCAGCUCCCAGUCGUCGUAG